AUGUACUUUCCAAUAGGAUGGCCAAAAGUACUCAAGAACUUGGAAGCAGACGGACAAGUAAUCAAACAAAUUGUAUCCAACAGGGAUAAAAUAUUGUUUGUGUCUUUAACCAAUGAAUCUUUUGUCAUAUGGUUUUGUAAGCCUACUGUUCCAAUAGUCUUUCAUAAGCGAAAUGCGGAUUCUGUGGAGAGACUAGGUUUUAAUGUAGGAGUUGAAUGGAAACCUGACUCUUCUAUGAUAUGCAUAUCGACUUCAGAAGGACAUUUAAUUAUCUACAAUGUGGAGGCGCAAAGUGAACAAACAGCAUACAAUCAGUUUGAUCCACCCACGGCAAGCCUGCGGAGAGACUCGGCAGAACUAUUUGUUAAAGAAACGAUACCUUCAUUAAAAAUUACAGUGUUCAAAGAAAUCCUGGUAUGGGACGGUCAAAUCACUCGUAUGUGCUGCAUAUCAGGCACAGAAAUACUGGUGUGCACCACCAGGGCCCACCUGCUUCGUUACCGUUGGGAUGGUACCCAGAACAGAGACUAUUGCUUGGACCUGGGGCGAAUACCUUUCUCUAUAAAUCAACAGGUGUCCAAAGCCGAACCCAUCCUCGAAGAUAACACACACGUAAAUGACAUAGAGUACUCUCCACUAGUCUGUGGCUUCGGGAUAACCCUCAAUGACGGCCGAGCGGCCUACCUUACCGCGCCUAACCUCAAAUUUGACCCCAACGCGGUACAGGGCAUCUGGGCCCCCGCGAUCGACGACGCGACCUGCGUACGAGUCAAUCACAAGUUUAGACUUAUCGCCAUCGGAAGGAGAAAUUCGCAAGUAGACGUGUUUACGAUAGACGAAGUCACGGGCGGAUUGGAGUUGUCCCACACUAUGGCCCUGAGUUCUAAGGACUUCCCCGGGGACCCUGGACCCGUAAAGUGCAUCAGGUGGACGGCGGACGGGCGGAGCGUGGCCGUGAGCUGGGAGGGGGGCGGCGUGUCUACUUGGAGCACUUUCGGUGCACUGCUGAUGUGCUCGCUCGCGUGGGACUACGGGCUCAGCCAGGACCUGGGCAAGCACAACCCGCUCGUCGUGUCCAGCAUGGAAUGGGCGACGGAAGGCUACCAACUGUGGAUGGUAAAAGUUGAAGGAGACUCAAGUUCUAAUUUAAUACAAAUGGAUUUUAUAAAGAGUCCGCUAAGCGUUAACCCUUGUAUGAGUAACCAAAGGCACUUAUAUUUGCAAGCGGACGACAAACUCUACGUAAACUUAGAAGACAACCUGACUAGGCGAACGAAGAUAUCAAUGAUCGACUCAUCAGAGUACCAAGAGAACGGUCUGACGGACGAACUCGCACCGGAGUACGACAACAAAGUCAAGUACAGGGAAUUCGUUGACGACAACGAGUGCAGGAAACAGUGGAAAGUGUUGCCGCUACCUGCAACGUAUAUAGCGGCUAAUUGGCCGCUCAGAUACAGCGCGAUCGACGAGGGCGGCGUAAACGUUUGCGUGGCGGGGCGCACGGGGCUGGCGCACUACAGCUGCGCGUCUCGCCGCUGGAAGCUGUUCGGCAACGAGGCGCAGGAGAAGGACUUCGUCGUCACCGGGGGCAUGCUCUGGUGGCGGGACCACGUCGUGAUAGGUUGCUACAGCAUAAUAGACGGCCACGACGAGAUCCGCUUCUACCCGCGGGAGGCCAAGCUGGACAACCGCUCCGCCAAGAUGGUGCGCGUGCAGGUGCAAGUGUUCGCCCUGGACGCGCUCGACGACCAGCUCGUCGUGUUCACGGCGGACGCGCUCGUCACCAUCUACGAGCUGAGCAUCGACAAAAACGGAGGCGUGGAGAUGCGCUGUGUGCAAGCGGUGGACAUAUCGGCCCUGUCGCACCCCGCGUGCGUUGUGUCGGCGGCGCUGUGCCGUUUGCAGGAGCAGCCCGGGCCCCCGCACUUGGCGCGGCCCCCGACUAGCAGCCCUCUAGCUCCUGACUCCCUGGUAAUCAACGCUAGUGGGAAAUUAAUGAUGGUGCAGAGAGAAGAAUACGACGUCGACGAAGACAACAAUCCGGUAAGGAAUGUUGUAAUAAUUAUGUUA